AGUAUUUUGUUCCCCACCCCCAUUAAAAAAACUAUAACAAAAUUGCUAAGCUUCCCCUGGGGGGCAGGGGGCUGGUAAAAUCAGGUAAAGUCCAGGCCAGAAGCAUGCCCCCAUUGCAUUUUAGCCCUCUUCCUCGGUGGGUGGGCUUUAGGACCAGGCGGGUGGCUUGCAGUACUUUCCCCGGGAGCUAGUCGGCCUGUCUACUGCGCCUCGUCGGACUGAUUUUCCACUUCCCCAUGCGGGUGUGAACCCCCACCCCCUGCCAGCCUGCCGGCCUCGGCUCGACUCCUGGUGACGCUUCUCCAGUAAUAGCAAUCCCGGAGUUGACCGCGGGCAGCCCCCACCCCCCGGGCUGGCAUCCCCGUCGCCUCCCUCCCUCCCUCCCUCCUUAGGGUGCCACGGCGAGUAGCAACAGCAGCAGCAGCAGCGCGAGAAGCAGCAGCAGCAGCCGCCACAGCCACCGAGCCUAGGACCGAGCCGUGCAUUGCUGGGCAGGGCAGGGCAGAGAGUGCACGCUCUAGCCGAUCUCCUAGGCUUGCUCCCAGCAUGAGGGCGGAGGGCGCGAGAGGAGACGGGGAGGAUGUGGGCAUCGAGAGGUUCUUCAGCCCAGGCAAAGGCCGGGGGCUGCGGGCCCUCCAGAGCUACGGCGUUGGGGACCUGCUUUUCUCUUGCCCGGCCUACACCUACGUGCUCACGGUCAACGAGCGGGGGAACCACUGUGAAUACUGCUUCGCCAGGAAAGAAGGAUUGUCGAAAUGUGGAAGAUGCAGACAAGCAUUUUACUGUGAUGUGGAGUGUCAGAAGGAAGAUUGGCCCAUGCACAAGCUGGAGUGUUCUGCUAUGUGUGUUUUUGGGGAAAACUGGAAUCCCUCUGAGACUGUGAGGCUAACUGCAAGGAUCCUGGCCAAACAGAAAACACACCAUGAGAGAACAUCAUCAGAAAAAUUGUUGGCUGUGAAGGAAUUUGAAUCACAUCUGGAUAAGCUGGACAAUGAGAAGAGAGAACUAAUCCAGAGUGAUAUUGCUGCUCUCCAUCACUUUUAUUCUAAGCAUCUGGAAUACCCAGAUAAUUGUAGUCUGGUUACACUUUUUGCACAGGUUAAUUGCAAUGGCUUCACUAUUGAAGAUGAAGAACUUUCACAUUUGGGAUCAGCAAUAUUUCCAGACGUUGCACUGAUGAACCACAGUUGUUGUCCCAAUGUGAUUGUCACCUAUAAAGGGACGUUGGCCGAAGUGAGAGCUGUGCAGGAAAUAAACCCUGGAGAUGAGGUUUUUACUAGCUAUAUUGACCUGCUAUACCCUACAGAGGAUCGGAAUGAUCGAUUAAAAGACUCUUACUUCUUUACAUGUGAGUGCCGGGAAUGUACCACAAAAGCAAAGGAUAAAGCCAAGGUGGAAAUCCGAAAACUGAGUGAGCCCCCAAAGGCAGAAGACAUCCGAGACAUGGUGAAAUAUGCACGGAAUGUCAUUGAGGAAUUUAGGAGGGCCAAACAUUAUAAAUCCCCUAGUGAGCUACUAGAGAUCUGUGAGCUCAGCCAGGAAAAGAUGAGCUCCUUGUUUGAAGACAGCAAUGUGUAUAUGCUACACAUGAUGUACCAGGCCAUGGGUGUCUGCUUAUACAUGCAGGACUGGGAAGGUGCCUUGCGCUAUGGGCAGAAAAUCAUUAAGCCCUACAGCAAACAUUAUCCAUUGUAUUCCCUGAACGUGGCUUCCAUGUGGCUCAAGCUAGGAAGGCUCUAUAUGGGGCUGGAACACAAAGCUUCUGGAGUAAAAGCCCUGAAAAAGGCUAUUGUUAUUAUGGAAGUAGCUCAUGGCAAAGACCAUCCUUACAUUUCUGAGAUCAAAAAGGAAAUUGAAGACCACUGAGCCUAUGCAACACCUUCAGCUUUUAUUUAAAUUCUUUGUGGAAACCUGAGAACUGAGUGCAUGAGGGUCCUUUGGAAGCAUAGCCCUCUGGCAUUUCUCUAAUAGAACUGGAAUGAGAACCAUUCAUUCACUUACAACCUUACCUACCUAUUGCUUACUUGAAGGUUUGUUUUAAACUUCUUGAUCCUUCAUAUGAAAUUAAUUUUUUGAAUGCUUUUUCUAAGAGAUAAUGCCAGGGUUUCUUACAUUAUGCUUUUGAUGGAUCAAGUUGGAAGAGGAAAAAAAAAUCCAUUUUUCCCUCUUUGUCUGUUUUAAAGUUUAAAAUAAAUCUGAGUGGUGUAAGCAAUGAUGAAUAAAAGAAACCACGACGGUC